AUGCCCAGCGACUCGGCCGCCUUCGGGAAGCCCGAGGCGGUGGCGGGCGGCGGCAAGGCGGGCGGCUUCGGCAAGGCGGCGGCGCUUAUGGCGGCCGGCCCCGGCGGCGGCGGCGGGAAGAAGUCGCCGCGGCUGCCCAAGUGCGCCCGCUGCCGCAACCACGGCUACUCGUCGCCGCUGAAGGGGCACAAGCGGUUCUGCAUGUGGCGGGACUGCCAGUGCAAGAAGUGCAACCUCAUCGCCGAGCGGCAGCGGGUGAUGGCCGCCCAGGUCGCGCUGAGACGGCAGCAGGCGCAGGAGGAGGAGCUGGGGAUCAGCCACCCCAUACCGCUGCCCAGCGCCACCGAGCUCUUCGUGAAGAAGGAGAGCAGCAGUGGCAGCUCCUGCCUCCUGUGGGAAAGCGGCAGCCCCACACACGCCACCAGCACGGCCACCACCACCACCACCAGCACGCCAUCAGAGGGACGGAUGCUCAUUCAGGACAUCCCUUCUAUCCCCAGCAGAGGGCACUUGGAGAGCACGUCUGAUUUGGUUGUGGACUCCACCUACUACAGCAGUUUUUACCAACCAUCCCUGUAUCCUUACUAUAACAACCUGUACAACUACUCCCAGUACCAAAUGGCAGUGGCCAGUGAACCUUCCUCAAGUGAGAUGGGGGGUACACUUGUAGGGUCUCCUAUGAAGAACAGCCUUCGGAGUCUCCCAGCAACGUACAUGUCAAGCCAGUCAGGAAAACAGUGGCAGAUGAAGGGCAUGGAGAACCACCACGCCAUGAGCUCUCAGUAUCGGAUGCACUCCUACUAUCCACCCACUUCUUACCUGGGCCAAGGUGUUGGCACACCUACAUGUGUCCCACAGAUCUUGACCUCUGAGGACAUCCCUUCAUACUCAGAAUUGAAAGCAAGAGUUUUCUCGCCGCCCAGCAGCCAGGACUCCGGCCUGGGGUGCCCGUCCAGCAGCGAGAGCACCAAGGCGGGGCUGGAGUGUGAGCCCGCCCCGGAGACCGGCGCCUUCGCUGUCAGCCCGGUCCUGGAGGCCGGAGAGUAG